GGAAGGGCGCCGCGCCGGCUGAGGCUCCAGGGAGACUGGCCCUGGGAGUGAGCCCCACGUGGCCACUGAAGCGCGCGCCGCCUCCGGACAGCCCCCCGCCCGGGGAAGGCGCCUGGACCCGGCGCCCAGUGCCUGCCCGGCGUGCGGCAGGAGGGAGUCGGGGACUAUUGCACUGGGUUCAAUGAGUUAGUGUAGCCUUUUUGUGAUGGAGAAGGAGGCAAGCCAGUUGGAGAAGGACCACGUCCAUAGAGUGUAUGAGAAAGUUGCUCCUCACUUCCAUGAUGCACGCUACAAGGCUUGGCCAAAGGUACAACAGUUCCUUUCAGAUCAGGAACCAGGCAGCCUGAUUGCUGAUAUUGGCUGUGGAAAUGGCAAAUACCUUCAUAUCAAUUCUCAAACCUAUAAGCUGGGCUGUGAUUACUGCUUCCCUUUGGUGGAGUCAGCACGAAAUGAUGGUCAUGAAGUAAUGGUGUGUCAUAGCCUGUGCCUGCCAUAUCGGAAUGGGUGUUUUGAUGCUGUCUUAUCCAUUGCUGUGAUCCACCAUUUUUCAACAAAGGAGCGGCGCGUGCGAGCAAUAAAGGAGAUGGCUCGCACCUUGAGAGUGGGUGGCCAGAUGAUGAUAUACGUGUGGGCAAUGGAGCAAAAACGGAGAAAAUUUGAAAAGCAGGAUGUCUUUGUUCCUUGGAAUCCUUCACCACCUUCCUGGACCUUGAGUAACACUUGUUCGCGUGGAAUACAGAAAUCAAUUAAUGAAAAGGACGAAAGGCUGGCUUUGGACCAACACUCCGCUAAGUUAGCUGGCACUUUGAAAGCAAGAAGCUCAUCCUUUGUGGGGGAGAAGGAAACCAUGCAAAACUUAUUUGAAAAAUCCUUGAGAUGGUCUCUCUUUUCGGGAUCACUUGAUUCAGUAUUAGACUUGAGUAAUCAGUGGCACCAAAGAGAGCUUAGCACAUUUUCCAGUUGCAAUAUUCAGCUGGAUGAAUCAAACAGGGGAAUGCUUUUUGAACAAAUCAGGCAAGGUGGCUUCAUGAAGCGUAUUUCCAACUUGUCUUUGCGUUGUAGGCAGAAUUCUGAAGAUAAGGCUUCUGAAGUAGCUGUAGAACCAGGGUCACCUAUGAUAUUUCACCCAGUGCCUUUCAAAAGUUGUUGUUCAGAAUUAGGCCAGGACACUAAGCAGCCCCCAAUGUCUCCAGCUAUAAUUCAUGACUGCAGCAGAGUGUGUUUACCUGACCUGCUUUCCCAUCAAAAAGAUAUCAAACAGCAACUUAAAAUAGAUUAUCACCCAAAACAAUCAGCUUUCCACAAACUCCAAAAUAGAAGCAAAACAGACAGCUCUCUACAGGAUACAGACAAUGAUUGUUCCAUGGCCACAUGGAACAAACAGCCGCAAAGGAGUCCAAAUGGGGCUUGUCUUAGGUACUACCAUGUUUUUAAAGAAGGGGAGUUGGUUGAAUUGAUUGAACAUCAUGUUCCUGAGCUACAUGUUAUUCAUUCAUAUUUUGACCAUGCAAAUUGGUGUGUGAUUGCAGAAAAGAUUCAUGUGUGGAAGAUCUAGGGGAAGAUUUUCAAAGGCACAGAUGCCUGACUACAUUUGAAAGUCAAUGGGAGUUCGGUGCUUAGUGUCUUUGAAAUCGUUCCCCAAGCUUUUUAUCCCCAUCUUGUGCUUUGACUCUCUCUGUGACUUUGUUUCUUUUGUUUUGUACUUGACUGUCACAGUCAUAUACCCUUUUAAAAUCAUUUUAUAGAAACAUUUCCUUCUAUAAUGGUAAUUUCAGCUUGGAUACAUUUUAAGAUACAUUGGAUACGAUUUCAGGUUGGAUACAUUUUUCCAGGGCUUUUUAAUAGUAGCUGUCAGUUUUGCUUUUUGUUGUUUUAGAAUAGUUAAAAUGCAUUUAUAAGUUUUCCCUGUUGGGAUGUUUUUAUAUGAAUAUUAAAGAUGUUUGUUAUUCGUUUAUAAUAAUUUAUUAUCUUUAAUGUCUUUUUAUAUUUAAAAUGUAUUAUGUGUUGGGGCUUGGAGUAAUAUAAGGCUGAUGGUACUUUGAGAAGGAUUCAUUAUUUUAUUACAGUCUGCCUAUCAUUCUAUAUGAUAUCUCAAGUCACAGUAGAGAGACAGUCCUCCUAAAAGAAGUACCAGGUAUAUAUAACCCAAGUACCAGAGACAGUAGCUGGGGUCACUCAGUCAGAUAAGUUUAGACAGCUCAUCUGUUGCCCCCUAACUGUCACAGGUGAGAAUACAAUGGACCUACUCAAGUAUAUAUCACAACAUAACCUCCCACCACCACCACCCAAUAAAUCUUAAAUCUGUGUAUUUCUCUGAGUUUGACAUGUAUGUUCAAAACAAAAAUCUUCUUCCUCUCUGUGUCAAAAUCUGGGAGAAGAAUCAAGGGAAUUCUUAAUAAGCCAUUUAAAUUGCUAAAAUGAAUGAUGAUGAUACAGAAAAAUGCUUGGAUGACAACAGGUGAAUGCAAGGAAAUAGUAUUUAUCAACACUAGCAUGCAAUAGUUAUGCUUUUAAGACUUUUUUCAUCUAUAGACAAAGUUUUCUACAAAGGAGGUAAGUUUCAUUAUUCCCGUUUUACAGAUAGGGAAACUUGCUCAAAGCCACAUAGCAGGUCAGUGGCAAAAAUCAUCAGUUAUUGCUGUCCCUAAUGGCCACUGCUUUAGGUGGUUUGUGUUCUUGUCCAAAGGUUUUCACUAGUUUCUUUUCUUUAGGUUCUGGAAUCACGAAACUAAAAUGUAAUCCUGUUUUCUGGGGAAAGACACUGUCAUGUCCAGUGCCUUAGGAAAUUCUUAAUGUGUCUUACUAAGAAUUUAGCCUUAUGUAUAUUGUAUCUUAAAGAGUAGUAAGGAACUGUACAGUAAUCAAUGAUUUUAAUGUAACUUUAAUUCGAUUUGGCUGUAAUAUCUCUAAUGAAAUUUUCUCUACUUCCUGAAAUAGAAUUUAUGUAAUCUGCAGAGUACUGUGCUACGUAUUAUAUUUGCAGGGAAACAGACUGCUUAAUCUAAUUGGUCUCUUCCAUCCAUAGUGUCUGUUUCCACAAUACUGGGCUUUUUCCCAUGAUGUUAGUACUUUUGUGCAAAUGAACAAAAAUCAUUAUUAGCUUCAAAAUAUAAAUACAGCUAUAAUUAUGUUAUAUCAUUGUUCCACAAUGAAAGGAUUUUAAUAGUUUCCCCAACUGUGACUUUAUAAUGUAUUAAGUGGCAGUGAUUUCAUUCUACUUUACAGACUUUCACUAAUGUGUCAUCCAUUUUCCCAUUGUUUAACAGAUUGUUAACCUGCAGAAAAGCUAUGGAUAAGUGUGUUUGUCUGGAGCAGCCAGUCUCUCCCCUUGAACUCUGGUAUUUCCAAAGCAAUCUGAUCCAUCGUUCUCCCAGAAAAUGUUCAGUCCUCCCAGACACCAACUAAAGUAUCUCAUCUUGACUUUCUUCUCCCAGUUACAAAGUUGCACCCUGCUGCUCCUACUAAUGUACCAUCCACCCCAGCUACCAGUUGUCUCCCUCCCUGCUCCAAAAUGUGAUAUGCCACCAUCUGAGUUCUAAUACUUCUGGUCCUGCUGCUGUUCCUCCUCCCACAGACAUGUGCCUGAACCGGACCCACGUGACAGAUGGUAGCCAGCUUAUCUUAAAGGAAUUUUACCUUCUGUAGAAAUACUUAGGUUUCUAGCAACUUCUGUUCUUUAUGUGUGCUUCUCAGAGAAAUUAAUUUCUCAAGCGAGGGCCUACCUUCGUGCGCAUGGUGCUACUAAGAAUGUUGAUUAGUCAGCCUUAGAGAAGAACAAGAAAUAAUGACUUUUGGUCCAAUGCUGAAGUGGUGAGUGCCUUCGACUCCUAUGAAGUCCAGGGGCAGUUUAGGGUACUUAAUCCAUCACAAAUGAUGUUCAGCACCUCACAGGAUAGGGCCCUAAUUAUUUGAGGUUUGCAGGAGAGAAAAUAAAAACAGCAUUAACAUGGACAGAGGAAAAAGGCAAUAUUAUAGGACAAUAUCCAAACAUCGAUGCAUGUUUCUAAACAUUCGCCAGCCGAAACUGCCAUUUAUAAAGGAGUGUGUUUUCUGUGGUUACCAUUGACAAAGCCCAAGAAUCAGUUACCUCAGGAUUUACCACUUUAUCAGGAAGGCAAAAUCAUACCUGGAGUUGCAGCUAGCAAGAGAUGUUAAGAAUAACAAGAAGGGUUUCUUCAGGUAUGUUAGCAACAAGAAGAAAGUCAAGGAAAGUGUGGCCCCUUACUGAAUGAGGGAGGUAACCUAGUGACAGAUGUUGUGGAAAAAGCUUAUGAACUCAAUGCUGUUUUUGCCUCUGUCUUCACGAACAAUGUCAGCUCCCAGACUGCUGCGCUGGGCAUCACAGCAUGGGGAGGAGGUGACCAGCCCUCUGUGGAGAAAGAAGUGGUUCGGCACUAUUUAGAAAAGCUGGACGAGCACAAGUCCAUGGGGCCGGAUGCGCUGCAUCCGAGAGUGCUAAAGGAGUUGGCAGCUGUGAUUGCAGAGCCAUCGGCCAUUAUCUUUGAAAACUCAUGGUGAUCCGGGGAAGUCCCGGACGACUGGAAAAAGGCUAAUGUAGUGCCCAUCUUUGAAGAAGGAGGAUCCUGGGAACUACAGGCCAGUCAGCCUCACCUCAGUCCCUGGAAAAAUCAUGGAGCAGGUCCUCAAGGAAUCAAUUCUGAAGCACUUAGAGGAGAGGAAAGUGAUCAGGAACAGUCAGCAUGGAUUCACCAAGGGCAAGUCAUGCCUGACUAAUCUAAUUGCCUUCUAUGACGAGAUAACUGGCUCUGUGGAUGAGGGGAGAGCGGUGGACGUGUUGUUCCUUGACUUUAGCAAAGCUUGUGACACGGUCUCCCACAGUAUUCUUGCGAGCAAGUUAAAGAAGUAUGGGCUGGAUGAAUGGACUAUAAGGUGGAUAGAAAGUUGGCUAGAUUGUCGGGCUCAACGGGUAGUGAUCAACGGGUAGUGAUCAACGGCUCCAUGUCUAGUUGGCAGCCGGUAUCAAGUGGAGUGCCCCAAGGGUCGUUCCUCGGGCCAGUUUUGUUCAAUAUCUUCAUAAAUGAUCUGGAGGAUGGUGUGGAGUGCACACUCAGCAAGUUUGCAGAUGACACUAAACUGGGAGGAGAGGUAGAUACGCUGGAGGGUAGGGAUAGGAUACAGAGGGCCCUAGACAAAUUGCAGGAUUGGGCCAAAAGAAAUCUGAUGAGGUUCAACAAGGACAAGUGCAGAGUCCUGCACUUAGGAUGGAAGAAUCCCAUGCACCGCUACAGACUAGGGACCGAAUGGCUCGGCAGCAGUUCUGCAGAAAAGGACCUAAGGGGGGGGGAAAAACCUUUUGUAGUGAUUGAAAGGCCUCCCCCCACCCCCAGUCUCCUGCUGGUAAUAGCUCACCUUACCUGAUCACUCUCGUUACAGUGUGUACGGUAACACCCAUUGUUUCAUGUUCUCUGUGUAUAUAAAUCUCCCCACUGUAUUUUCCACUAAAUGCAUCCGAUGAAGUGAGCUGUAGCUCACGAAAGCUUAUGCUCAAAUAAAUUUGUUAGUCUCUAAGGU